GCCGUCCUCCAUUUUGUGGCGGGGGCAGAGCACCGCCGAACGCGGCGCUGCCCGGCGGAGCGACGGGGCGGGCGGCGCGGAGGGCACGAGGGGCAGGCGGGAGGGGGAGCGAAGCCCGCGGAGGCAAUUAGCACUAAUUAACGGAGGGGGCGCCGCGGCAGCGGCGGGCGGGGCGGAGCGGAGUCUCGGUCAGGUCGCGGAGGGCGGAGCGGCAGCAGGAGCGGUGCUGGCCGCCGCCGCGGCCCCCGGAGGGGCGGCUGUUGACUUCCUCCCGCCCGCGCCCCGCGCAGCCGCUGCCGCCCCCCGCCGCGGGCGCGAUGGCAGUUGGCGGCUGAAGGAGCCCCAGCGCCCUCCCCUGGACGAGCUAAUGGUAAAGUAAUGGAUUCCAAAGAAUUGCUUAACUCGUCGGAUCAAGACGAAACAAGGAAAAAUGCGCUCGUCAGUACCAAAGGAGGGAUCGUGAUGGACUUUCGUCCACCCUUCAGGGGUGGAGCUACUGUACAAGCCCCCGUGUCUGCAUCGCCUCUCCCCGCCGCUUCGCAGUCGGAUUCCAAUCAGCAACCUGCUUUGGCUGACUUUUCUAAAGGAUUAGUAAACAAUGUGCCUCCGCCAGACCUUUCCAAGGCAGUGUCACUCUCGAUGGGACUCUACAUGGGUGAAACGGAUGCAAAAGUGAUGGGAAACGACCUCGGAUUUUCGCAGCAGGGCCAAAUCGGCAUCUCUUCUGGAGAAACGGACUUCAGGCUCCUGGAAGAAAGUAUUGCGAGCUUGAACAAGUCCUCGAGCCUGGCCGAGGACGCCAAGGGAGCAAUAUCCUCAGAGGUGCCGCUCGAGCCGGAUUUCGCAGGCAUGGCCGGUCGCAACGUCCCCUUGGAGUCAGGAACUGCCGUCCAGAGCCAGGUCGGCUCUAAUGGUGGCAACUUGAAAUUAUUCUCUGAAGACCAAAGCACCCUGGAUAUUCUCCAGGACUUGGAAUUGCCGCCGGUAUCGCCUGGCAAAGAGCCCAAUGGGAGCCCGUGGAGGCUUGACCCCUUGCUGGAUGACGGUGGCUUGCUGUCCCCCAUCUCUGCAGACGAUGCAUUUCUCCUGGAAGGAAACCUCGGUGAAGACUGCAAGCCUCCUAUUUUAUCUGACACUAAACCUAAAAUUAAUGACCGUGGUGACCUUUUACCCAGUUCCAAAAUGCCAAUGCCUCAAGUGAAAACAGAAAAGGAAGACUUCAUUGAACUCUGUACUCCUGGCAUAAAGCAAGAAAACAUGGGCCCAGUUUAUUGUCAGGCAAACUUCUCCGGGUCGAACCUGCUGGGUACUAAAGUCUCUGCCAUAUCUAUCCAUGGCGUCAGUACCUCUGGGGGACAGAUGUAUCACUAUGAUUUAAAUACUCCAUCGCUCUCUCAGCAGCAGGAUCAGAAACCAAUUUUUAAUAUCAUUCCGUCUCUUCCUGCUGGAUCAGACAAUUGGAAUAGAUGCCAGGGAUCGGGGGACGAGACGCUGGCUCCUUUGGUGUCGCUCAACCUUUCUGGCAGACCUGCUUUCUCUAAUGGCUAUUCAAGCCCCGGACUGAGAUCAGACGUAAGCUCUUCUCCAUCCACAACGUCGGCGACGACGGGACCACCUCCCAAGCUCUGCCUGGUGUGCUCCGACGAGGCCUCCGGCUGCCACUACGGCGUCCUGACCUGCGGCAGCUGCAAAGUCUUCUUCAAAAGAGCCGUGGAAGGGCAGCACAACUACCUGUGCGCGGGGAGGAACGACUGCAUUAUCGACAAGAUCCGGAGGAAGAACUGCCCGGCGUGCCGCUACCGCAAGUGUCUGCAGGCCGGCAUGAACCUCGAAGCUCGAAAAACCAAGAAGAAGAUCAAGGGGCUGCAGCAGGCGGGCGCGCGGGACACGGCCGAGUCGCCGGGCAGCAAGAGCGUCGUCCCCGCGUCGCUGCCGCAGCUGACGCCCACGCUGGUGUCGCUGCUGGAGGUGAUCGAGCCCGAGGUGCUGUACUCGGGCUACGACAGCACCCUGCCCGACUCCAGCUGGAGGAUCCUCUCCACCCUCAACAUGCUGGGGGGGCGGCAGGUCGUGGCCGCCGUCAAGUGGGCAAAGGCCAUUCCAGGUUUCCGAAAUUUGCAUCUGGAUGACCAAAUGACCCUCCUGCAGUACUCAUGGAUGUUCCUCAUGGCCUUUGCUUUGGGCUGGCGAUCAUACAAGCAGUCCAAUGGAAACCUCCUGUGCUUUGCACCAGACCUGAUCAUUAACGAGCAGAGAAUGAAUCUACCCUGUAUGUAUGAACAAUGCAAACACAUGCUAAUGGUUGCCCGAGAGCUCUCGCGGCUUCAAGUCUCCUAUGAAGAGUAUCUCUGCAUGAAAACGUUGCUUCUCCUCUCUACAAUUCCUAAGGAAGGCCUGAAGAGCCAGUCUUUGUUUGAAGAGAUCCGUAUGACCUACAUUAAAGAGCUGGGAAAGGCCAUAGUGAAAAGAGAAGGGAACUCGAGCCAGAACUGGCAGCGAUUUUAUCAGCUGACUAAACUGUUGGACUCUAUGCAUGAUGUGGUUGAAAAUCUUCUGAGCUUUUGCUUCCAGACAUUUUUGGAUAAAUCCAUGAGUAUCGAGUUCCCGGAGAUGUUGGCAGAAAUCAUCAGCAAUCAGAUACCAAAAUAUUCAAAUGGAAAUAUCAAGAAGCUCCUAUUUCAUCAGAAGUGACUGCCUUAAUACAAAAGGGUUGCCUUAAGAAAACGUCAAAUGAUAGCUUUUUUUUUUGUAAAGAGAAAAACCUACCAGACUUGUUAAUUUUGUCCUUGCAGCGGUGUUUCUUUUGUAAUUAUGCACUACAUGUGGUUUACAGAGGGCCAAGGUUUAGGCUGGAGAAGCAGCGACUUCCUCACGCUCGGUAAAUAGCUGGGGAGCAGGGAAAGGAGAAUGCAUCUCCCGUGUCAGAAAUGGUGUCUCGCCCCUCGCGCAACACCCGUGGAUGAUCAAACCACCAGUGGCAGGAUCUGAGGCUGUGUUAUGAACAUUCUGCUAAUUAAUUUCUGCAGUUGGCUGGAGACAAUUUUCUAGGCUUUUUCUUUUUUUUUAAGGUGUUUUGGAUUUUUUUUAAAGCUAAGGUAGCAUUUUGGUUUAUGCAUGUAACCUGAAGAAAGUUUACAAGUGUAUAUCAGAAAAGGGAAGUUGUGCCUUUUAUAGCUAUUACUGUCUGGUUUUAGCAAUUUCCUUUAACUUUCUAUACCGUGAACUCGGCUUGUUCAUUUUUUCUUACAUGAUUUUUUUGUAAUACUUCAAGAUGCCUAUUGUACAGCUGGUUUUUUAAGGUGGGGCAGCUCGUAGCUUUCCUCAAUGACCUCUAGACGUUAAUCCGUGAGUAUGUUCAUGUGAGAAUGGGUUGGGCUUUUCUAACCCAACAGCUUUCAGCUGUCAGAGUGACCAUAAAGAUUUGGCAUUUUCUAAGGGCCAGGGUGGGUGGGAGAACGUCUAAUUUAAAUCUAAUUUAAAUAGAUACGAAUGAAACAAACACUUUUGGUAUAUGUGCAAACGUGUUGGAUAUGCAGAUUCAUAGAAAAUUAACCCAGUCCUAACUGGAUGUAAAUGAGCAGGUUAUUUUAUAUAUUGAAAAAAAAAAAAAAGCCUGAUUUUUGCAUAUAAUGCAACAGCCAUAGCUAUAAGAGUCAUGGGCUGCAUUGAUGCCAAGAAGAUCAGUCCUGACUGCCCAUCAGGAAAUUUUCAGGAAAAUAUGCAUAGCUUAAGAAAAGUUUACCUAUGUGUGGAGAAACUCACAUUUUCUAUACACUUAAAUCCCCCAUUGUACGAGUACGUGUGGCAAAGCACCACCGACUCGAGAGGCAGACGUGGCGCGGUGCCCGGCGGCUGGUUGGGUUCCGCUCCUGUGCCGGUCCUGGGCGCCCUUCCCGCGGCGCAGGCGGCGGGGCGCGCUCCGCGCACCCGCGCUCCCGGCUCGUGCGUUGUGACCCCUUUUCCCGCCCCGCGCGUCGCCCGCGGCGUCGCCGCCGUUCCGCGGAGCAGCAGCAGAGCUCCGCCGCUGGCGCCGCGCUCUUGGAGCCGUCAGUCGACCUUGCUGUCUUUGUAAGGCUGCGUCCCCAUCCCCACCGACUAGCGUGCCAUAAAGGCCCCAUAGGUCUUGUGGAUUUCUCCUUGUUGCCAUUGAUAACUAUAUUUUAAGAGGUUUAGAAGCUGUAGUAGCCUUUUCUACGUGCACCUUAACAAUUUUCUGUAUCUCGAAAUUGAAAUAUUUACUAAGCCACUCUAAAAUUUGAUUUUUACUCAAAGUGGCCAGAUUAUUUGUGUAAUAGAAAUGAGAAAGAUCAUCUGAUAAAAUACAAAACCUAAUAUAUUUUUGUAUUUAGUUAUAGUUUCAAAUAUGUAUAAUCGGUAUAUUCGUGAUCCGAGAAAAGAAGGGAAGGGCUACUGCAGCUUUAAAAGCAAUUUAUUAAAUGAUUGUAAAAUAGCUUGUAUAGUGUAUAAUAAGGAUGAUUUUUAGAUGACAGAUUGCUUUAUCAUGAUACAUGUAAUUAUAUUUUUUGUAGGGGUCACAAAUAUGCUGAAUGGUAACCCGCACCCGCUGUGGUUUGUCUGGAGGUAGCACUGAGGGCAUCGGUGUUCAGUAUCCAAAGAAGUUCUCUGUGUAGGAAGGAAAACCUGUGUUCGGUGGAUGGUUUGGGGGUUGAUUUCGUGUUUCUCAGAUCACUGUGUAGGAGCUGGAGGUGGACGGAGCUCGGUGGGAGCGCCGGUGGCCGCGUGGCUGGGGACCGCGCGCGGCCCGUCGCUGAGUCCGGCCCCGCGGCACCGCCCUGUGUGUGCGUACCCGGCCAUGGGCGCCGGGGCCACGCCACGCGCAGCCUCGCGACCGCAGCGAAACAGCUCGAAGAAUGUGGCAAUAAUCCGCAUACAGGUACCAGCAAUAUGUAAAUAGAGAGCGUAGGUUGUUCACAAUACACUAGUACGUUUCUGUUGUUCAGCAAAAGCUUGUUUCCAAGCGGAAUAGGAAGCUAAAUUUUCAUCCUUUCUUAAAUCUCUUUUUGAAUGUUAUAUCUAUUAAAAACAAAGAUACUAUAUUCAGAACUUUGGAGUAAAACAUCAUCUUUAAUAAAAAAACCCAAUAAUUCUCUUCUCUUUGAAUGAUCUGUAAAGAACAUGUGCAUUUUGUAGCACUGAAGGUAAAGUUCAGUAUUUUAAUUAUGACGUUCAGCCCAGCUCAAUGGAAACAUUCAGGUGCCCGUUGGAGGAACAGAUAGGAGCUGCAGUCUGCUUGGGUGCAGGGGCUGCGGGGAAAACCUGCGUCCCCAGAGACCUCCAUCAGCGCCCACGCGAAGGAGCGUGUGUGUGUGUGUGUGUGUGUGUGCGCGCGUGUGUGUGUGUGAGCAGACGUUUGUGCAUCUGGAUACACAAAGAUACAACACUUUUUUGCCAGCAGGAGAGCUGAUAACGUAGGAGAAGAGGCUCUGCCCCUUUUUGUCUGUGUGCCUGUAUGUUCAGUUUUAGUUACGGGUUUAAGGAAAUAAAGGAGACUGUGAUGUUGUCAGAAAGCGAUUGUCCGAGCAAUUGUCCAAGUGAUUGUCCAGGCGAUUGUCCAAGCGGUUGUCCCGUGCGUGCCGUCGAGUCCGAGCGUCCCCAGUGCCGUGUCGCUGUGUGCAGCGAGGAGCCGCGUCCGUGUCCGUGUCCGUGCAGCGGCUCCGGACACCACAGGGAGAGUCCGACCGGGUCCCUUAGUGCCUUAUCACAAAGUGCACGAGUCCGCGGGGGCCGGGGCAGCUCCGACCCCCGGCCGGGGUGGCCUUAGCGGGGCGGGGGUGGGACAACCCCCGCUCACAGGAAAAAGGCAGAAAACCGGAGGAAGUGCCUGGAUGAGCGUCAGGAAGCCCCGUGUGCCGGGGCCGCGCGAGCGAGGCCGGGGGCGGCCGGUGGGCUGCGUGCGGCAGAGCGCUGAGCUCCGUCCUCCUGCGCUCGGGGCUGCGGGCUCACAUAGGAACCACGUUCUAGGAAAGGGCGCUGGAGCCUCUUCCCGCGGCGAGAGGCUCCGGCGUCCCAGGAAAGGCUGUUGUGUGUGAGAACAUCCCCACCUCCAACUAACUCGCAUAACAGCAUAGAGUCAACGCUGUGUCAUUAUUCUAUUUUGUAUAUUAAACGAAGGGUAUAUACUGGCGACAAAUCCUAUAUCAUACCGCUGUAUGGCAUUAUUAAAAAAAAAAAAAUCAUUAUUUUUAUCACAGUAAUUUUAGCAUAAAAAAAUUAAACCAGUGACUCCUGUUUAAAAAUAAAAGUUGUAGUUUUUUAUUCAUGCUGAAUAAUUCUGUAGUAACAAGUCUGUAGUUUUCACCUACUCAGUGAAAUGUUGGACUGUAAAAGCUUGUGUGGAGUUGUUGAACAUUUAUUUUUUCAUUUAAAUUUGCUGUUCUGGUAAUACAAAGCCACACAUUUGUACAGAAGUUGCAGUAAAUGUGAGCCAUUUACAGCAAUGCCGAAUAAUGGACAGAAACCAUAUAAUAAAACUCUGUUUUUUUCAUUAAA